GUAUAGUGAUUUUAUGAAUAAUGAUAACAGAUAGUAUUCAUAUUUCAUUAUAUUUUUUACUAUUUAGAUUUUAGGACCAUGUGUAAAUAACAAAAUGUUUAUAUUAUUGUUAGACGAAUUUAAAAUGUUUUUUUAAAUAUUUACCUGUGAUAAUUUAGUUACCAAUCAAGUAAUAUAACUGAGUUAUGUUUGUUAUUGUUAAAAACGGUUAAGGCCUUUAAAAUUGUCAAAACUUUAAAUUAACACGAAUUUAUUACAUUGUAUUGUUUGUAAUAUUAUAUAUUUUUAAAUAAUUUUUAAAAAAACCUGAAAACUUGAAAUAAAGUAGUUAGUAUGAUAAGAUUUUGUUAAUGUAUAUUCAUUAUUUUACCAAAUAAGUAGGUCACUUACCUACGUAUUUUUUUUUUUUUAAUUGUGUUAGAAAAUAUUACCAUUGUUAAAAUUUAUAAUGCAAACAAUACAUAUUAAGUAUUUGCCUAUAUUUUCCAAGUUUUGUUCAUUACAUUGCAUAUUAUCUAGAUGUAUGAGUUUUGACUUUAAAGACGUAUUGAUGAAAGAAAAUUCUCUAAAAUAUGUGAAAUCUUUAACAUCUAUGUGUCCACAACGCAAAAUAGAUGGUAAACGUCAAGCUGCUGUUCUUAUUCCAUUAUGUUAUGUUGACAAUGAAGUAUCACUACUCUAUACAUUAAGAACAAAUAAUUUGAAACGAAACAGUGGGCAAGUGUCAUUUCCCGGAGGAAUGAGAGAAAUGGAAGAAGAUCUUCAUAAUACUGCCUUAAGGGAAACCUGUGAAGAACUUGGAAUUAAAGAUUCUGAUGUUGAUAUUUGGGGUCAUGGUAAAUUUUUGAUUUCUAGAGAUAUAGCAAUAAUGCCAUUCUUAGGAAAUCUAGGUGUAAUUGAUCCAAAGAAAUUAAAUGUUAGUCAUGAAGAAGUUCAGUAUGCAUUUGCUGUUCCUCUUAAACACUUUUGUGAACCAACCAACUGUAAAUUUACUUGUUUUAAACAAAAUAAUAACAAAAUAAUUGUAUUACCUGUAUAUUUGAAUAAAUAUCAAAGAAUUUGGGGGAUGACUGGAUAUAUGACAUGGUUGGCCUUACGAUCUAUUAUACCAAAUCAAUUUAAUCAGAAACUGUUAACACCUUAAAAGAAUAUAUAUAGACAUGUUUCUGAGAUCAUUUAUAUGUUAAAAAUACUUAAUUAAUAAUAAAAUUAUGUACUGUUAU